AAAAAAAAACUUAAAAGACAAGGCCAAUACAGGGUCUUUAACUGAAGACUAAGGUAUUCUAAAAUAAUUAUCAUCGGCGCGGCGCAGGAUUUGCAGGGUAGCGGAAAGCCAAGAGUGCCACACGUUUAAUAAUAAUAAUAAUUCGUCAUCAGGCAUAUAAUACAAUAGUGAAGAAUAAAGAAAAAAAUCAGAAUUAAAGACAUAAAGAGCUAUAUUACAAUUAUACUGCAGACCUAAUUAUAGGUCAAAGAGCAGCCUCAGCCACUCCCGGUGGAUGGGAUGGGCCCCCCACAUGCGCACAGCUGUCCUUGACGGAGGUGAUGAUGGGUUAGCGUGCUUGUCCGCCCUACUGAUCAUACUAAACGCGGCGUGUCUGCCAAGACAUCUCGGGUAAUGCCCAGUGGAAGCCAGGGAUGAACUGGUCCAUCUUGGCAGCCCGAGUAGCCUUUACCGGAUACAUGGAGCCAUCCCUGCUGAGCCUGGAGAAGUUGGACCGGUCCAGUCCUGAUUUAUGGCCUGAGCAGAGUGUUUCUUCAGUUCCAGGAGUGUAUGACUUUGCACCCCUGCUGUCGCCUCAGCUCAGCCCUGACCCUCAGAACCUGGACCUUGAAGAACAGGACAUUAAUCUUCUAUAUCAGUUCCGGUUACUUACUGCUCUUGAGAUAAUAGAAGAAGUGAAAAAACUACAAAAUGUGGCUUACCAGCUCGGCUUGGAAGAGGCCAAGGAGAUGACUCGAGGCAAAUACCUUCACAUUCUCAAUAACAAGAAACCCAAGUGACGGAGUAUUAACACUGAGGUAAAAGGACAUUUCCUUGUACUCGGAAUACACAUCACUACAGCAAGCACCCUCACAUCAACACACAAACAUCAAAAAACACACUUCAUAUGAAGUUCAGUUGAGUAUCUUCCUUUAUUACAUUAUAAAAGAAUGAAGUCUGCCUGUGAAGUAUCUUUGGUUUACUGCAUCUAUGGCUAAAUAUGAUAUAAAUAAAACCUACUGAUAAGACAUCAAAAUUUGAUUAUCAAGACACUGGAAGCUACAGGUGUCCACACCUUGCGCAAAAAUGCUGACUUUGUGGAACACUGUAAAUGUGUGUGACUACUCUUCACAUUUAUCCAGGUCAUCAAAAGACUUUGUUUUCUGUGCCCUGAAAGAUAAAGAAAUAUACAUGUAAAAAUGUGCAUUACAAAGUCAAAUGGCUUAUUAUUUACUGUCAAUUUCAGUUCAUAUCUUUUGAAUCAACGAGAGUGGUGCAGAUUUCCUGAAGCAUAAGAGCACCAAUUGAGUUUAUUUUAGUGACCAAUAUAUUUUGUGGAGGUAGUUUGUGUCAUGCUAUGCAACCUUUACUGACAAGUGUCACACUCACCUCUUCUUGGAGUGUGUGCGGCGGCCCACGUGGAGCACCACCUUGCCUGAGCGGAUAGCCUUGAACAUGGCAAUGGCCUCAGAGUGGCUUGCCCCUGCCAGACUUUCUCCAUUGACUGCAAAUAUCUCAUCCCCUGUGAAGACAAUGGCAUAAUGUACAUAAUGUGGAUGGAGGGAAGUUGAGAGUAAAAUGGAUAAGUUUAAAUGGAUAAGUUUAAAAAAUUUAAUUGUAUAAUGGGCGAAGGUGAAGCAAUAGUGACAGACACUUGACAAAGUCCCGCAUAACACUGCUGUCAGGUGACUUUAAUGAAACUCACCAUCUAAAAUCUGAUAAUGAUGGUAACUGAUUAUGAGGUUCAGAUGUAAAAUAAAACAAGAAUAAAACAAAGCAUAAGACAAA